UAAGCGUGUGUGGUGGGUAUGAGCAGUUGCAGUCCAAUAAAGGAUUUUGUUGUACUGCCAGCUUUUAGUAUCAAUAUGCUGUGAUUGGCCUGUUUCCCGCAUCGUCGAUCAAGCUGUAGGGGUUAUUUGAUGAUACACCGUCGAUUGAUUACGCGUAGGUUAGGUUAGGUUAGGUUAGGUUAGGUUAGGGUACCUCUUGACUUUCGUCGCUUCUAUUUUUAUGGACGUGGUAGAGUGGAUGGCACGCAGAUUGGGGCCGACGCAUCCGCAUGAUUAGCUUUUCGCCUGCGGCCUGAUUUGAAUUUGCGAGUGGGUACAUCUAUUAUUUACCUUGUACUAGCACAUCAAGAUGAUACGCCUUAUUCUUUACGGUGCCGCGUUGUUUUUGGUCAGCGGUUUGGUAAAAUGGCUUUACCCUCUGCUGACUUACUGGCGACGCGGCAACAAGUUCCCAGGGCCUAAGUGCCAGUCCUUCUGGGGAAAUCUUAAGGAGAUUAAGGACGCUGGCGGCAUGAGUGGCAUGAAAGAUGUUCUCGCCGCCAUGCACGCGAAGUACGGCCCUGUCGUGCGGCUGUGGCUGAAUCCCGUGAGGCUGCUUAUAUCGGUGGAGGAUCCGCAGCAGGUUCGCAACGUGCUUAUGCAUGCACGGGAGCGGUCCCCGCUAUACUGCCGCGUGAUCGAAGCGUGUAUCGGGGAAAACUCUGCUUGCUUUUCCACCUUCAUUCAGCCGCGCGCGCGGCGCUCGUUCCUGGAUUACCACUGCCACACGACGCUCAAGUUCCAGGUGCACGAGGUGACCUGCCGCGUCGCGGCCGUCACCGCGCGGGAGUGGGGAACGCUCUCCGCAUCUGGCGGCGAGCUGGACGUGACUCAGGCGUCUAAGGACAUGGUGGUCGGGGUUUUAGGAGGGUCUUUAUUCGGCCCGGCUUUCCCCGACUCGGAUCUGCGAAACCGCCUUGCGAACGAUCUGGAGUUUUUCGCGCACUCGGUUCAGGACUUUUCGAGUUACGGUUUUCUCCCGGCGUGGUUACCGGCGUACCGGGAGCUCAUGCGCGUGGCGGAGGACUAUAGGGGGGCGAUCCACCAGCUUGUAUCGGGUUCGUUUGCCAAGGACGUGAAGCAGCCAAGGGGGCACGGUCAGGGAACCGGCCAGGGAACCAGUGAGGGAUCUGACGAAUCGGAACGUGCAGCUGAUAGUAGCAGUGGUGGUGGGGAUACCAAGGGUUCGGAGGCCCAGGCAGAGCAGCAGCAGCAGAAGCAGCAGCUGGAGCAGGAGCAGCAGCCGCAGUUACUGCGAGAGAGUUUCCUCUCUGCGAUGCUAGCAGAACGCUCUGCUUUAGGCCAACCCGUUUACACGCAAGAAGUCGCUCAGGCCGAAGCAGCCGCGCUCAUGUUCCACGGCUAUCUGCUUAUCCCCGCGCUCUUAAAACGCGUACUAGUCUGCCUCUCCCUCCACCCCGAGGUCCAGGACCGCGUUUUCCGCGAGAUCCGCGCUGUGUGCGGUAACGAGGCGCCUAAAGACGAGGAUUUGCUGCGGCUGGAUUACCUGAACGCGGUGAUCUAUGAGGCGGCGAGAACCUUGCCUGUUUUGCCCAUGAUCACGCGCGCUGCUGUGAAUGAGGACCUAUGGCUGUCCAUAGCCAGUAGCAGCGGCAGCGGCGGCAGCAGCGGUAGCAGUGGUGGUGGGGAUGAGAGUAGAGGCUGGGAAACGGGUGGUAAUGGUAGCGCGGGAGGUGGUAACGGGGAUGGGGUGGGCCCUGAGGAUGCCGGAAGCGGCAGCAGCAGCAGCAGCAGCUUCCAUUUAGUGCCGUCUGGAGCGAUACUAGCACUGCCGACGUACCAGCUACAGCUGAACCCGAUCCUGUGGGGCAGCGACGCAGCAGAAUUCAACCCGGACAGGUUCAUCCACUUCCGCUGGCAAGGCUCGCACCAGAAGCAGCAGUACCACGACCCCCGCUCGCACUCCUUCAAAAGGGACACUCGCACGGGGCUGGGGGCAGUGGGGCGUCGGGAGGGGCCGCAGAGGGUGAAGGAAGAGGGAGUGGGGAAGCAGGGGGGAGUGGGUGCGAGUCCGUGGAGGGAAAAGAUGGUCCCGGGGCAUGACUAUGAGUUUGUGGCGCCUGAGCCUGGCCCGCAGUUCCUGGUGUUUGGAGCCGGUGCGCGGUCGUGUGUGGGGCAGCGCUUGUCGCUCAAGAUCAUCCGCGCUGCUGUUGCCGUCCUGCUGCACCGCUUUGAGUUCUCCAUGUCGCCUGACAUGCCAUCUGACUUCGACACGCGCCUUGAGUUCAUGGUGCUGCACCUGCACCCCACGCCCCGCCUCAAGCUCGCCAUGCGCUCUUAGCCGCCGUCUCGCCACUCAUAGCUCCUCCCUCCGCCUCCUAGCUUCGCUCUCCUCCCCUCCCUCGCGUCGUUCACCUGGGUUUGGCAUGGUGCUUCUUCACCUGCGCCCCACGCCACGCCUCAUGCUCGCCCUGCGCUCCUAGUCGGUGUCUAGCUCCAUUCCCAGCCGCUCCCUCUUGCCAUCCGCUCAUAGCUGUUCUCGCCCUCCGCUCAUAGCUGUUCUCCGCUCAUAGCUGUUCUCGCCCUCCGCUCAUAGCUGUUCUCGCCCUCCGCUCAUAGCUGUUCUCGCCCUCCGCUCAUAGCUGUUCUCGCCCUCCGCUCAUAGCUGUUCUCGCCCUCCGCUCAUAGCUGUUCUCGCCCUCCGCUCCUCACCUUUCCCUCCCUCCCUGCGCGCUCCUACUUGUGCGUCCUGCUUCCCCUCCACCUCUGGGGAUCUCUCACCUCUUUCUACUCCCUUGGCCACUAGGACGUUUGGCCUCUCAUACUCCCCUAGGUUCCUUCACUUUCCACCUUAUGCAUUGGCCCACACCUCCUCUCUCGCUCUGUCACACACACCGCAUCUGCACUCCCCAGCGUUGCUGCCACAUCAAUGUAGCAACAGCUGGUGUUACCUGUAGCAACCCUUCAUAGACAGUUCCUUCUCUAAUCGCCCUAUGGUAACGGUGUUACCACCACCUCCGGUUACAGUGCUAGGGGGUCUUCUCAUGCCCCCGGCUGGUGCAUGAAGCGCCAGAAGCAGCACGUUUUGCUGGAAGAACCGAAGGGAUUGUAGCAAAAGCAGCAGCAGUGGCAGCAGCAGCAGCAGCAGCAGCAGCGGUGGCAGCAGCAGCAGCAGCAACAGCAGCAGCGGCGACGGCGGCAGCAGCAGCAGCAGCAGCGCUUGAUACCCUUGAGUUCUUUCCCAGCGAGCCUCACCUUUGUCCGGACACCUCUGGAGCAGACGGUGUUUUUGGGGGAGAGGAGCCGGCAGUUUCGUCUCCCCCUUUCCCCCUCUGGUUUGUGUGUUGCAGCAGCAAUUCUUGUUCCCUUGCUGGGUGCCGAUGCUUUUGCCCAGAGUUGGGUGGCGUUUGGCCCUGCUUUUACCAUAAGCGUGUAGCAUGUUCGGGGUCUGCACCUGCGCUGAUCUCUGGGCAUUGGAGGGUUGUAUCUUUUGGAGCAUGCAUGCAUGCACUCUGCUGUGCCCCGGCGGGUACUUCUCCGCACCGCUCCAUGCAUCCACCCUUUUUGAAUCUUUAAUGCGAUGUGGUCGAGGUCUAGUGGUAGACGUAGUGAAAUGCAGCUAACCUGUUGAAUGGGCUGAAAGUGAAUUGGUAGUAGUGAUGGGCGUUUGCAUGUCUGUGCAGAGCAUGCAGUUACACCACCAGACCAGA